GUGAUGAGUGAUAACUAUUAUGCUGUUAGAGAGCUUUAUUAUUUCCCUUUUGGUUUGCCAGAGGGAGCCCCAAACUAUUGCAAGAAUGAGUGAGACCAAGUGUCUAAUUGAGCGGCUUUUGAUGCAGGAGACCUUCUCAAGGGAAGAAGGUGACAGACUUACAAACAUUAUCAAGUCAAGAGUUGUGGAGACUGGGAGAUCAAAUGAGACUCCUAGCAGAACCACUGACAAUGUUGUGGACACAGCUGUUAAGGAGGCAAGAAAAUGGUUAGAGGAGAAGAAGUCAGGAUCAAGCUCUAAGUCAGAUUUGCAGCAUGAAACCCGUACCUUGAACUAUGCUAUGUUGCCUCUUGGAUCUGAAGGUGAAGCAGGAUCACCUGUUGAUAUGGCCAAAUCGUAUAUGCGAACCCGUCCUCCAUGGGCAUCACCAUCCAUGAGCCACAUUGAUCACAGGUCUCCAUCACCAAUACAGAUGCACAUUUUCAAGGAACUGGAAGGAACACCAUACUCAAUUGCAGGAAAUUCUCUAUCAUCAUCAAAGCUGAAAAGGGGUUCUCCAACCACAAGUUCUUGGAAUAUCCGUGAGGAACUAAGGAAAGUGAGAUCCAAGGCAACAGAAGAGAUGUUAAGGAGCAGGCCAUCCUCAAAAAUCGAUUGGUCGUCAUUUGCAUUAGAAUAUAAAAGUGGUCAUGGUCUUAUGUUUUCUGAUAGAUUAGGGGCUGGUCAGGUGCAUGAAAUUCCCAGCUCUACUAAAUCAGUAGAUGCAUCAUUGAACUUUGCUGCUGGACCAGUUUCAGAGCUGACACAAGAUCUGUUGCUAAAAGAUGCAUUACCAAAUCCUGCUACUCUUAAUUCUGAACAAAAUGAGGGCACAGAAGCAUUCCAGGGCAUUAAAAGAACAGGAGAUGAGACAUUAGAUGUGGGACAAAGGCUCAAAUCUUCAGAAGAUAUCAAGACCGUUUCACAAAGUGACACUAAUGCUGCCAAUGUUGAUCAACUGAAGGAGACUGAGACCAGCCAGCAGUUAAAUUCUACCAUCAGAGAAACAAUACAAGAUUCAAGAACACCUGAUAAAAAUUGCUCAACUUUUGAACCUGUUGUUGAAAUGGGUGGUGGUGGAUUUACUGCAAAUGGUUCUCGUUUUUCAGGAUUCAACUUGUCUGCUGUGCCUGAUGGAGAACAAGACCACAGACCAAGAGAAAAGGAAGCCAACACGGCUGGUUUAGGUCAUGAUGAAAAUACCAAUACACCUGUGGGGGAGACGUGUGAACUUCUGAGUGAGGCAUCUGUUGAGGUGCCAAUUGUAAAUGAAAACGAUCGUGUUGCCACAGGUUCCCAGAACAGUUAUGAAGGUUCAUCAGAGGACCUGAGUCAACCAAAUUCAAAACGUCGCAAGAAGAACAAUGGUGUUGAGACACCCCUAGGGAUGAAGCUCCGCAGACCCAGCAAGAAAGGUAGGGGACGGGGUAGAUGAUGCAUGUUAAAUCAUGUUCCUGUUGUAACAUAUGAUAAAAAUUAGGCGGUGAGGGCUAAAUGCUAACAGGGCAUUUGUAGACUAUAGUGAAAUUAAACACUUUGGUGUUAAUUAAAUCAGUUUUCAUGUAUUGAGUUUGAGACAAUUGACAGCUGGAGAGUUAGCUUUGGAUCCUCAAUUUGGGAGUCGAUUCUUGAACUAACCUUUGUAACAAUUUGUUUAAUUCUU